AUGUAUUCCCAAGUGUGGGGCUUGGAAGAAGCUCGCCAUGUUUUCGAGAGGAUUGCCCGUCCCAGCAUCGUCUCGUGGAAUUGCAUCAUUCUCGGACACGCACUGAGCGGAGAAGGAGAGCUGGCUUUCGAGUUCUACUCGCGCAUGCAACACGAAGACUGUGAGCCAGAUCGAGUGACUCUUCUCGCAGCGCUCAUGGCUUGUUCGUGCUGGGCCGAGAACGAGGAGGUCGACCUCUGUGGGAGCUUAGAGGAUGCGCGUCGUGUCUUCGAGGCCGUCCGGCACAAGGAUGCCGUUCUUUGGACGGCUAUAAUUCUCGGCUAUGCUCAAGGUGGAGAAGGUGAGGUCGCGCUUGGACUAUACUCGCGAAUGCAAGGGAUUCUGCCAGAUCGUGUUACUUUUCUUGCCGCUCUCAAAGCUUGCUCGUGCAUCGUGGACGAGGCUAACAACAACAUGCUCAUCGAUUGCCAACCCGCAAAGUUGUGGAGUUUGAAAAGAGGAAGAGAGAUCCACGCGCAGGCCAGAGGUAUCAAGCUCGACCAGGCCGCUACAAACACUCUCCUGGACAUGUACGUCAGGUGUGGAAGCAUGGACGAAGCUCGACAGGCUUUUGAAGCUAUGGAGUUUUGCGACGUUUUCUCGUGGACGUGUCUCGGAUAUGCUCAUACCGGAGAAGGCAACUUGGCCUUGGAGUUGUUUCAAGGAAUGCAAGACGAAGGCUGCGAGCCGGAUGCCGUGACUUUCGUCGCUGCUUUCAAGGCCUGCUCGAUCUUGGCGGAGAAAGAGGAGGGCGAGCUCGUUGAUGGGACGGUGGUGAAGCUCCAGGCUCUGGAAAGAGGAAGGGCUCUUCACUCUCAAUCCGGGAGGAAGAACAAGACGAACAUUUUCGUGGCCAACGCGCUGCUGGACUUGUACGCGAAGUGUGGGAGCAUGGUGGAAGCUUGGAAGUCUUUGAGAGCAUGGCUACGCACUGGCCGGGGAGUCCGAGCGAGCACUGAGCCUCUUUGCGAGAAUGCAACGAGACAAAGGCGGGUGUGUAACGAACCAAGUGACACUUCUCGCAGCCUUGAAGGCGUGCUCUACUCUGGCAGAGAAGGAAGAGAGCGGCGCCGUCGAUGA